CACGCGGAAUCAGAUUCAGACUCGACAUUCAGUCACUCAAUCUCGCUCAGAUGGCUCAACCUACACCCGACGACGAACUUCUUCUCAUUUUGCUCCGCAACCUCCGCAAUGUAGUCUACACGUUUGGCGAGAGCAGCAAGCAGCAUAUGUCAAUGCGCGCUAUGGUUCUGGAACAUUUGGAGGAGAUGCGACGAAAAGGUCUCACGACGAAUCUCAAUCUGGCGCGGCAACAGGAACGGCAAAUGCAGGGAGUUGAGCAGACUUCAGUUCAAACUGGAACUCAACAGCCUGAUGACUUGCCACAACUGAUGGAGACUCUGGCUACGCUCAAACUCGAAUGAUCGAAUGAGCAGUUGCACAACUACAUGCGUAUAGGCUCGCUGCUCAUUCGAGAUGAGUGGCAGGUCCGAAGACGAACGACAAGUACGGAUCGAACAAAAGCCGGUGCUCAAGGCCAUGAGAGCUGCAAUGCGACAAGCCUAG